ACGACAGGGGUACCCUUAAAAAAACCCAAAUAAGUUGUGGAGUAGCAUGUACUUUUAUUCAACAAGAGCCUGUAAAAGCUUUUAGUUGUAUAGUUUCAGGAAACCAGCAAUAAUUAUUGCACAUAUGUUGUUGAAGCUGUUUUACCUGCUUCUGGCUCAAGCAGAUGAAGUGUCACUUCUACAGCUGUUCUCUCAGUUAAAGUGUGUAUCUCCUGCCCGCCCAUCUCCAUGUUCUGUCAUGGGACAGGUAAAUAAUUCAAAACUUCAGGCCGUAUCAGAUGUGGACUCCUCUCUCUCUCUCUUACUCGCCCUCUCUCGCCCUAAUAGCCAUUAACAACGACCUGAAAAAAGCCAUUACAGACAUAAGGAGAGUGUCAUCACACACACAAUAACUACAGCGUGAAAACUUUCACCGUCACAGGUACGUAAAGCCGUCUCUUGUGUGUUUCUCUGUCAAUGUUUUCGAUAUUCUCCUCUGGAGUUGAUUGGUCAUGUUCAUUGUUGCUUUGCGUAGUGUUACGUGUGUAUUUUCCAACAGAAACAUGUCUGGUGCGAACAGUGACCUUCUGCAUAGAUCAACUUUGAGUGUUUAUAAUAACCUCAUGGAUCAGUUUAAUCCCGGCUUGCAAAAGCUGGUUACUUUAGGGAACAGCUACAUCAACGCUUUGCAAGCUUUAACUCUGACAAGCGAGGCCUACUUCAGCGCUCUUGAGAAGAUGGGCGAGCAAGCUCUCAACACAUUGUCAUCCAGAUCACUUGGUGACGUGUUGAUUCAGAUAUCAGAGACCCAGCGGAAGCUGACGGCUGAAGUCGAGGGACUGUUCCGCUGGUUCCAUGUGGAGGUUCUGCAGGCCAUGCACAAGAAUGUGAAACUGGAUGAAGAAUACAUUGAAGGCAGUCGUAGAGUGUAUGAAUUGGAGGUGAGGAAUCAGGCUGCAGCUCUGGAGCGACAGCUGAGACGGGGUGCAUUCAGAGACUCACUGGAGGGCAGCGAGUACAUGCAGUACCUGAGGCAGAGCCAGCAUGAAAUCCUCAAAGAGGAGGAAAGGAGGUAUCGUUUCCUGGCUGAAAAGCAUUGCGGACUUACACAGUCACUACUAUACCUUAUCAACAAGACGGGAGUCUCUCUCCAGCAGAGAGCAGAUGGAUGGAAAGAAAAAGUCAGCGAGAGCAGAACCUCCAGACCUCGAACGCCCACUCCAUCAGAUCAAGAAGCUCAGUUGAAGAGUUCUCUGGGCUCUCUGCUGCAGACUGGAGACCAAGAAAUGGGCCGUGAGCCACUGGGCAGAGUGCCCUCUAGAGCCCCGUCUCCUCUCCCCAGUCGUUCCCGCUCCAGCUCUGUAGGAGAGUCUCUGGGGUUGGGAGGUGGGCGCUCCAUGAGGGCCAUCGUGUCCCACCCCGCUUCAUCCAACCCGGUCCUGCUGCCGUUCUCCCGUGGGGACGUGCUGACCGUGCUCAUUCAAGAACCACGCAACGGUUGGCUGUACGGACGCCACGACUCAAGCCUCCGUCAAGGUUGGUUUCCUGCUGCGUACGUGGCAUCCGUUGAAGACUUUGUACCUUUGGGCUCAAGUAGUACGUCGCACCGAAGCCACAGCAUGAACAACCUCCUGGAUCCAACCAACCAAUCAGAGCAUUCGGACACCCAGAGCCACAGUGACAGCCCGUCCCCAUCGGUGCCUCUGCGUCGUGCGUCGGCGGAUCUACGCUCAAACUCUCCCCUCCCCGAAAAGAAGGCGGAGUCUAACAACGAGGUUAAGACCAGCCAGAAAACCUACCAUGAGAUCCCGCCCCCAGCCGCACCACUCCGCCGUGGAUCGGCUGACAUUCGACCAAUAUCCCCUCUCCCUGACAGGAGGGCGGAGUCUCAUUUUGAGAGCAAAGUAGAGCACAAAAAUAUUAAUGAACUCGCGGUUCCUGCUCCAGCCCCUCUGCACUCUCCUCUCCCCGAGAGAAAGGCCGAAUCAACAGCAGAGAGGCCAACUACUCACGGACAACCACCAGAGCACCCUCUUUUCCCCAGAGGAUCAAAUCCUUUUGCCACCGUGAAGCUCCGGCCCACAGUCACCAACGACAGAUCAGGACCACGGAUUCACUGACACACC